AUCCCUCUUCAACCUUCUGCUUUCUGGAGGGGCACCUUCAACCAGCUCCGCGGUGCACUGGCAGCGGCUUCCUUAGUUGUAAAGAACAAGUGGAAAUAACACUUUUACACAGACAUUAUGUCCUUUCUUACUAUCAGCAGGCUAGCACCUAAACUCCUCAAUUCAAAGAAUGCCACCUACUUCCUUGUGGCUGCCAGAAAUGCCAGCAUAUCUACAACAAAUCUGAAGGAUGUUCUGGCAGACCUUAUCCCUAAAGAACAGACCAGGAUCAAGAACUUUAAACAACAGCAUGGCAAAACCAACAUAGGACAGGUUACUGUUGACAUGGUUUAUGGAGGUAUGAGGGGAAUGAAGGGUCUGGUGUAUGAGACCUCUGUGUUGGAUCCUGACGAGGGCAUCCGUUUCCGGGGCUACAGCAUUCCAGAGUGUCAAAAGUUGCUGCCUAAAGCUCCAGGAGGUGAGGAGCCGCUGCCUGAGGGCCUCUUCUGGCUGCUGGUCACAGGACAGGUGCCUACUGAGGAGCAGGUGAACUGGGUGUCCAAAGAGUGGGCAAAGAGAGCAGCACUUCCCUCUCACGUUGUCACUAUGUUGGAUAACUUCCCCACAAACCUACAUCCCAUGUCUCAGUUCAGUGCUGCCAUCACAGCUCUGAACAGCGAGAGCAGCUUUGCACGGGCCUACUCUGAGGGUGUCCACAAGUCCAAGUACUGGGAGUUUGUCUAUGAAGACUCCAUGGACUUGAUUGCCAAGCUGCCCUGCAUUGCUGCCAAGAUCUACCGCAACCUGUAUCGCGAAGGUAGCAGUAUCGGAGCCAUCGACUCCAACCUGGACUGGUCCCACAACUUCACCAACAUGCUGGGCUACAGUGAUGCCCAGUUCACUGAGCUAAUGAGGCUCUACCUCACUAUCCACAGUGACCAUGAAGGAGGCAAUGUCAGUGCCCACACCAGCCACUUGGUGGGUAGUGCCCUGUCUGACCCCUACCUGUCCUUCAGCGCUGCCAUGAAUGGUCUGGCUGGUCCUCUGCAUGGCCUGGCCAAUCAGGAGGUGCUGGUGUGGCUGACUGCCUUGCAGAAGGAGUUGGGCGGAGAGGUGUCUGAUGAGAGGAUGAGGGAUUACAUCUGGAACACACUUAAGUCUGGAAGGGUUGUGCCAGGCUAUGGCCAUGCUGUCCUGAGGAAGACUGACCCACGUUACACCUGCCAGCGUGAGUUCGCCCUGAAGCACCUGCCCAACGACCCCAUGUUCAAGAUGGUUGCCCAGCUUUACAAGAUUGUUCCCAACGUGCUCCUGGAGCAGGGUAAGGCCAAGAACCCCUGGCCCAAUGUGGACGCCCACAGUGGAGUGCUGCUACAGUACUAUGGAAUGACAGAGAUGAAUUACUACACUGUGCUGUUUGGUGUAUCCCGAGCCCUUGGUGUGCUGGCUCAGCUGGUGUGGAGUAGAGCCCUGGGCUUCCCAUUGGAGCGCCCCAAGUCCAUGAGCACAGAUGGACUGAUGAAACUGGUGGGAGCCAAGUCAGGCUGAAGAACCACCUGAAAGGAGCUGGGGGGUUAGUGUGAAGGGUGGGAGGAGGUGGAAAUAUCAAAAGGCAGACUGAAGUUGACCCUCUGUCAUUUCCAACCCCAGGGAUUCAAUGGGAUUCAAAGAGACAGUACACUUUUAAUGUCAUUUCACAAAAGAAGGGCCUUUUAAAUCACCAUUAGUGUUAAAGUGUGUUUUAGUUAACCACUGGCAAGUUUUCCCAUCAUGUGUCCAUAUUUGGAACAUGAGGUGACAACUAACACACAGACACACAUGCAUGUAACCCAUAGUAAGCCGUUGAGUGUACCGUUAGAAGUCUUCUAGCAUCGCUAAGAUUUUCCCCUGUGCAGUGCCUGCGUGUUUGUCAUUGGGCGCUGGGUCUGAACUAUGAAUAGGCAGUGGCAUUCAAAGGGAAUUGUGGGAGUGAAUUACACUUUGUAUUUGUUUAAAGAUCUAAAGUAAAAUACCUGACUCAACCCAAGCAAAAGACCUUUUUCCCAAUUAAGAUGUUGCCAGAUGUCAUCCCACCCAGUCUAUCCAUGCGUUUCACUCCCAUUUAUGAACACUCCAGUUUAGAAAAAAGGUCCUCACAAGUACACUUAACAAGCUGUUCAAGAUAUGCAUUAAAAACAUGAAAAUUUGUUAAAAGAUACUGCCCCUUUAAAUCUUUGGUCUCCCCUUUUUCCCCAACUUGUAGAUUUUUUUCUUUUUUUUUCUUUUUAAUGAUGACCUGUAUUCGCUCUAUGAUCAAAAUAACUGUCUGGUCCAUAUAGAAAUUAUUUUCUUCUGCCCUUUUUCGUUAACAUGCUUUCCUAUUUUUAAUGGGUCUCUCUGCUCAGAGGGUCUUCUGAAUGGUAGAGAAUCAAGAAUAAUGUACAGUAAUAAUAAAGAUUUGAGCAAAGGGUGUUGUAAUUGGCAGCCUGUAGUAAAUCCUUAAGAGCAAGCUUGAAUAAAAAGUGGGAUAAAGGGGGCUUUGUAUUUGUUAAGGUCCUGUCUUAUUUGAGUGUUUUUUGUUACUUUAUCCCCAGAAGAGAGCGCUUUAAAUCAACUACUCCAAAAUGAGCACUUGUUUGAUUGGAUUUCCUAAUUAGUAACCCCAACCCCCCCAGGUUGAUUGUGUUGAUUUUUUUUGGUGUUGAAUAUCUUUGGGUUCUCAUUUUGUGGUUUUAUUUAUACUUUGUGUACAUAGGUAUAUAUAUGUAUAGCUUGAAUGUAUGAGCUCUGUGCGAUCACUUGCUUGUAAUAACCACAAUGAUUACCGUAGUUUACCAACAUUGUAGUAGUGUCCAGUCUCACUGGUCACUGUGAAAUUCUGACAACGAACAAAAAGAGAAAAAAAACGCAGCUAUCUUGUAUAUACAUGAUUUCUUGCCUGGCUCUGUGGGCUUAGCCGGUGCUGUUUUUCAGGUGUUUCACUUGAAUGUUUCAAGCUUGCUCUUAAGUUGUGGGUUUGUCAACACUCCAUUUUUGUGUAGUUAAGGUAUUACGUCUUCUUUUUCAAAACUACAGUUGCCGUGUUAGUCCGUAGUUCACUCAGAUGUUUUAAUCUCUGCUCUGCUACAAGCUGAUAUCUAUCUUCUGGCUUUAUCAGGCAUGUUUGUGUUUUAUUGUAGUGUUCUUCUAUGUGGUGAGUUGUUCAAGAGACGUGGUUAUUUUGAUCGUAGAGGAGCAUAAAGGGUCGUACAUGCUAACUGGGAGAAUUCAUUGCAGAUGGAUUCAUCAGAGAAACACUUGGGGGAUGGGGCUGGAUGGGUCAUACGGGCAAGAAAAGCUUGAAGAGCGAAUAUUGGAAAACCUAACAAAAAUGAAAAACAAUAAAGGUUUUUAUUAACUUU